AUGAAGACUUCCAUCAAGCUCCUUGUCUUGGCAAUUCUUGCCGCACUCCUUUUCUCGGCUGCUCUCCCAAGUUUGGCUUUGGGCCGUUGCCACGGAAAAUUGAGGAAGGUGCUACCAACUGACAAGUGUGCGGCCAUAAUCACCAAGUACUACAGAAGGCAGCCUAAUCUUUUCGUGAAGUACAACGGCUACAAAUGCACCGAUCCCCUCAAGGCCGGCUCCACCAUCUGCCUGCCUUAA